AUGCCUUUGAUGGUUAUCAAGACUUUGGUUCCACUGAAUGGUAACUUUUGCAACCAUUCCCUUUCAUACUAUGGUAAGUCAGAAUACACCAUGAAGGUAAGAGAGCCAGGCCUAUAUUGCUUUCUUGGAUAUCAAAAGGUCGAUACAACUGAAGAAGAAUCUGGCCCUCUUAUGUACUUCCAAAACAAAUCCGGUGAGGACAAAUAUAACAAAUCAAGAAGUCAAUUAUUCUUCCUUUUUUCAGUGAUUUCCAGUUUCGCAGGUUUAUAUGCGCUCAUUUAUUGGCUUUACAACGUCGGACUUCUUAACUUUAGUGCUCUACUAGGAUUAAUUUGGUACUUUACAUGUCUUGUAAAUACCGUAUAG